AUGUUAGUUGCUAGUAAAGGUGUACUUGUCAAAUGUGAUCCGUCAAUAAAGGCACUCAUUAUUCAAAUCGAUUCGGUAAAUCCAGGGAUUGUACUCGAGGAGUUGGAUGACACCCAUUUGUUGAUUCAGCAAGAUAAAGUAGAGACAAUCAAGAACGAACUAAAUAAAAUGUUGUCCAAAAAUAUCUACAACCCGUUUGAGGAGGAGUGA